GCAGAUUAGUCAGAAUUAAUGUCAGAAAUAUUAUGAAGCUUUUUAUUUUUAGUUAAUGUCUUGUGUUUGUGAAAUUUGCAGUUGAUUCUUGUCUUGUUUCGCUUGUAGUUUAUUUUCACACAAAAUUCGCAGUAAAUGUUGAGCCCUACGUAGACAGUACGUCUACUAAUUCCUGUCCCAUAAAUGGAGCGACAUGAGCGCCACCUACGAGAACUAUGUUUAUUAUAAGAAAGCGCGCCGAAGGUUUGCCCUUAAGACCUAUAUACUUUUGUUUGUCUGGCAGAUUUUGGCCAUUUUGCAGUGGGCCGUCGUUUGCCUCAUAGAUGAAGUACGCGACUUCUUCAUUGAGUACUAUUAUAUCAGCUUUGUGGCAUUUGUUUUGGCAGUUCUCCUGUUUGGUCUCUUCAUAUUCAUUGAGAAGUUGCGUUUCAUCCCAGCAUUGAAUUUUAUAGUCUGCCUAAUAAUUGUUGAGCUGCAAAUUAUAGCGCUGUUUGCUUUAGUCGUUCGCACUUACUGGAUGGAUCUAAUAAUAUUCUUUAUUAUAUGUUUUGUGCUUCUUUGGCUGUUCAUUCUGAUUGGUUCGUGUCUUCCGCGGAAGAUUGACCUGACCUUAGAUGUGGCCAUAUUAUUCAUUGUGGGCUUUCUGUUCCUGGCUAUUGCAGUCUUCUUUUUGAUGUUUCGAUUCUUGGUACCCCAAGUGAAGAUGUAUUCAUACAUAGUCUUCGAAAUCGCCGUAUCCAUAAUUAUUCUGUUCUUUGUCAUGUACCAUGCGCAAACCAUCAACGGCGGUCGAUUCGCCGAGAUGCGUCUGAACGACGCCUUACUGGGAUCGCUAAUUCUUUUCCACGACUUCCUUAUUAUUUAUUGGUUAACCUUCUACUGGCAAAUCCUAGAGAGACCUUUCACGCCCGACAAUUGGGAAUAUCUUUCCACACUGAGCACAACAACCAGCACUACUCCUAAGCCGGAUAAAGAAGAAGGGGUUGCUAACAAACCAGUAGUCCAGCGUAAUCAAGACGAAAACCAAGAUGAUAACGAAUAUGAAGCCGAAGAUAACGAUAAAGACGGAGACAGCGGCAAUGGGGAUGAUGAAGAAGACGAUGAAAAAGUAAAAAGUAGAGGCCAAGAUCGUGGUCAAGAGCAAGAGGAGGACGCAGAAGAGGACGAAGGGGCGAACGCAAAUAGAAGACAAAAACCUAAUUUCAACACAGGUGGAGACAAUGAUAGUGGAACUGGUUCCAGUAGAGGCUCUAAUAGAGCACCUGGUAAGCCCGCCAGGAAAAAGAUGUAUUCACGCAAACAGCCCAUGCUACACGCCGAAGGGAACCCGGAUGCAGGCCCCGAUGCCGACGCGAGCAGUGGCCAUCUUGCUGGCGUAGUUAGUGGAGACGAGGCAGGUGAGGUUGCUGGUGGGGUGGUGGAGAACGAACCUAAAAGCGCCAGAAUUAAUGCUGAGGAAGACAAUUCAGCUUUAGAUAAUGCAAAAUCCUCCAGAGUAAUCACAGUAAAAGCCGCCGAGCCCGGUGCAGCGGCAGAGCAAGGUGGAGCUCUGUCCGUUGGAGCCUCUGCCGAAGAGCCCAACACAAAUGAUGGAGCAGGUGGAGAUGCCGAUAUAGUUAAUGAAGAUUUAGCAAGCGACGCAGUUAAAGACGGGGAACACGCAGGAACUGCUUACGAUGCUACUGAGGCAGGCGCAGAAGGGGAUACCAAUAUAGAUGGGGAUGCACAAGACGCUGAAGAACACAAUUCAGUGGGAAAGGAUUCUGUUGAUGCGCUGGGAAGUGGCCAGUACCCAGGGAAUAUUAACGCUGGAGAUGAUCCCGGUGGUGCCGCCGGUGGCGACGUUGGAGGUGACGUUGGAAGUGUCGUUGGAGGUCACGUUAGAGGUGACGUUAGAGAUGUCGGUGGAGCCGCCGACGGUGCCACCGAUGGUGCCGCCGGGGGUAAUGCCGGUGGUGAUGAUGGAGGCGACGUUGGAAGUGUCAGAGGUGGAGAUCAUGUAGGUGAUGUUGGAAGUGUCGGUGGUGGUGAUGUUGGAGCUGAUGUUGGAGGUCACGAUGGAAGUGUCGUUAGUGGUGACGUUGGUGGUGAUGUUGAAGGUGUCAAUGGUGGAGAUGUUGGAGGUGAUGUUGGAGGGGAUGUUGGAGGAGACUUUAGAGAUGUCAGUGGUGCCAACGGUGGUGCAACCGAUGGUGCCGCCGGGGGUAACACUGGUGGUGACGUUGGAAGUUACGUUGGAGGUGACGUUGGUGGUGAUCCAGUUGUUGGUGGUGAUCCAGUUGUUGGUGCUGAGGACCCAGUAGGUGGCGCUGGUGCAGGCGCAAGUGAAGUUGAGGGCACAGGUGAUCAUGGUGGUGGAGUUAUUGAAGGUGACGCUGGAGCAAAUGCAGUACCAGCAACAGGAGUCAAUCCAGACACAUAUUUAGAGGCAGAAGCAGGCGCCAGUGCAGGUACAGAUGGAGACACUGGGAUCUAUGUAAAUAACGCGGCUGGUGCAGAUACGAACGAUCCUGCCAAUGGUAAUGCAGGAGGCCCUGAUGGAAACGCUUACCCUGAGUCCACUGGUAAAGAGGUGGCUGGAGUUGGCAAUGAAGGCGUCAAUGCUGAUGGCGCAGAUGGAGGCGUAGGGGGAUCUCAUAGAGGCGUAGGGGGAUCUGUUGGAGACUUCGGCGGAAGAGGCGAUCGAAAAGGAAAGCGUAAGAUCUGGAGAAGGAUGUGAAGCAGUUGGAAUACAGUUGAAAGCUGCCACAGGCUCGAUUUGGAAGUGCAUAAGUUUUGGAUGGCAAUGUGAAAAUCUCGACUAUAAAACCUAAAGAUCCUGAUAACGUUGAAUAAUAUCUAAUUCUACUUGAGGGUUACGAGUUAACCCUUUAAGCGUACACUGUACAUACAGAAAGCCAAUAAACAGAUAUUUGUGAUUGUCAGUUUACACAUACAAACAUAUCAAUAUUACUAACUAAUAACUAAUAACACUUACGCUUACAAUGUGCUUGUCUUUCUACUAACAAGUGACUAACAAACGACUGACCCAAAGAUUUAUCACUCAUAAGUCAAGUCACAACAACACCUGUUCAAUGAACUCCACAAAAGAAAACCGUUCGUCCAAUUACGGCCAGAACACGUGCAGACCCCAUAAAAACGUACGAGUACAGCAGAUACAUAAGUACAUUACCCAUAACACAUACUUAAGCGUACCCAUCCAGACCCACAUCUUGGCGAACCUUAACAGUUCGAGCAUACUUUAAAUGAGACAGUACGAGUAUUAUAUCUGUUCUAGAAGAGACCUAAUUGUACUUAAACUAUUUUAAUAAAAACUUAUAAAUAGUGAAA